AUGUAUGACCAGGCAAAUCUUAUUCAGCAGCAAGAAACCAAAAUGCAACAAAUGCAGACACUCUUGAACCAACUGUCAGACAAGCUGAAUGGUGCCCGUGACUGUAUGGAAGUGCUGACGACUGGACACGACACCAGCGGGGUGUACACCAUCUACCCUGAUGGAGGAGGGAAAAGUCCUGUUCACGUCUACUGUGACAUGGACACUGACGGGGGCGGAUGGACGCUAUUCCAAAAGCGUCAAGACGGUUCAGUCAACUUCUACCGAGACUGGCAGGCGUACAAGACAGGGUUUGGUGACCUGAGGGGAGAGUUCUGGCUGGGUAAUGACCACUUGCACCGCCUGACGGCCCAGGAUGUGUACGAACUGCGGGUGGAUCUGGAGGACUUUGAGGGUAACACGGCCUACGCCAAGUACAACAUCUUCAGGGUGGAGGAUGAGAUGCACAAGUACAGGCUCACUGUGGACGGCUACAAUGGCACUGCAGGGGACGGCAUGACCGAUGAAGUAAACCCUCACCACGGCAUGUACUUUACUACACAAGACAGGGACAACGACAUCCACCCUGCCGAUAACUGUGCCCAAGAGUUCAAGGGAGCGUGGUGGUACAGUAGCUGUCACCGUGCCAACCUGAACGGCCUGUACCUGGCGGCGGGGCAGCAGUCUCAGGCGGACGGGGUCAACUGGAAGCCGUGGAGAGGCUACCACACUUCGCUAAAAAGUGCUGAAAUGAAAAUAAGGCCUAACUAG